UAGCAUACGUAGCCAAACAUGGCGGCGUAAAGAAACAGAAGCAUUGGCGUUUAACAGCCAUGUGAAAUUAGUCAGGUAUUACCAAUACUUAUAAAAGUAUUUGAAAUCACGUUUCGAUAUUUGUAUAAAGCGAAGCUGAUGCAACUUUAGAUCCGUGUAAAUAUUGAGGGGAAUCUGGUUGUUACUUGUUUAGAAAUGGCAGACCUACAAUCCAAACAACAGGACGUGCAAAAACAAACGGUGAAUCAGAAACAUCCACGAUCCUCUAAGAAGUUGAAAAGAAACUACUGCAUGUUGUGUCGCAAGUCCUAUUUAAAAAGGGAAGGACAGGAUCAUAUGCACAGCAUGCAGCACCACACUGAGCUGGAAGCGGCGUUGGGCAAAGAUGCCUUGCACAGCUGCCAGGCAUGCCAGAUCAAUUCUCUGAGUUUGAAUGAAUAUGCCGAUCACAUCCUAACAUCUCAGCACCAGAAAAGGUUUCAGAAGCUAAAGAAGAGUAACGCUAAGCCUGUCCCUCUGUGCAAGAGUCUGAGCCCUGUGACUAUAAGGAGCAUCCUGAUAAGGAACAAGGAGCUUAAGAAAGAGGAGAAGAAAGCCAUGAGAAAGAAUAAAAAGAAACAAAAGCAGAGCGCUGGGGAAAAGCGUGCAAAUAAACAACAUCCUGGUGUCCAAAAUAGGAAUAUUGACCCAAAAACAAAGAUGCUAUAUAAAUCCAAACAAUUGCAAGCCGGAGCUCCAAAUCAGUGGGCACAAACGCCCUGCCCAGGAAACGACCACGGUGUCAUUCUAAAUAAAGAGAACAAAAUUUACCAGAAUCCUCCUCCUCCUCCAUACAGACCAUUCCUGGAUCAGCAAUGGAACCCUCCUUAUCAGCCAAGAGGACCUGUGGGUCAACCUCAUCCUUACCAUUAUGGCCGGCAGCAGCAUAUCCAUGGUUGCUAUGGCUACAACCAACAACACCAAAUGAAGGCCAAAAGGUUCCAGAUGGGUUCAUAUAACUCUCAAAGUGCUUCUGCCAACUUAAAACAAGCAAUGCCUGCAAUCAGCCAAAGCAACUCCAACCAGAAGAAACCUGCACUUGAUGGUCACUUUACUAGUGAUCAACUCGCUCAGAGUGGAGCCAUUAGCUUUAAUCACAACCAAGCUGAGAAAGUCAACCAAGCUCCACCAAACCAGCGGGAAACGGACCCCAAUCAGCCUGGAAGUACAAACAGUUCAGCUCCAGGGGAUUCCGAAAACAAAUCUAGUAGUCCAGCUCCUAUACAAGAUGUUGACAUCAGCGCCAUGUUGAAGCAAAUCAGGAGAGCGCUUGGCGUCAGGGAGCCGUGCCGGGCGGAUCGAGAAGCCCGACGACAGACUGAAAAUGUUCAAACUGAGCAUCGGGAUGCAGAAAAACAAGACAACGCCGAGCAGUCAGCAGCAACUCCAGCUAAUACCGAUGCUCUGGCCAGCAACUGUGCUCCUCCAGCUGACGCUGGUGUUUCCUUUUCCACCAUUCCUCCUCUUAAGGGGAAACUGUCAACUUUUAAAGCCACACAAGAAACUAACCAAACAAAGAGUCAGAAGCUUAAAGAUCGUCCAAAGAAGGAUGACAAAAGAAAAUCUCUGGAGGCCAGCAGUUCUCUGCCCUCAGUCAGCGGAUGCACAGUGGAACAUAAUCCCCUCCUGAAUAAGCAGCUUCACAUACCUGGAGUCCCUAACAAAUUGAGUUGGACUGAGAUGUACGAUAACAUGAAAAGGAAAACCUUAAAAGGCAGACCCCGGUUUGGAAUCCAGUUGGGAGUCCAGCCGACAGACACGGGAGGUCCUGCACAAGACAGUGACCUGCCUCUGUCUGAGGGUUUCCAUUGGGAAUCGAUACCCGGAAACCCCUCAGUCCUGCCUCCUGUUCUACCCUCUUCACAUGCUGAUCAUCUCAGUGAAGCGCAGACAGAUUCCCAUACGCAAAAUUCUUCAGGGCAGCCGGAUGUUGCUCAGCCAGGCUGCAGCAGCAAGACGGCGAUGCAAAUUUCUAUGAAGGUGGAACCAAAUCUGGAGGGUGAGAAUGAAGAUUUAAGCAGCAACAGCAAUGCUAAUAAAAGGCCAAGGAGUAUGCUAGAAGAAGACGACAUUUCCCCCAAACAGAGGAAAAGAAAAUCAAAAAAGGACAGUCCAGACCAGAAUCAGAUGGACCGGCUGCUAGCUGUCUCACUGAAGGAGGACGAGCUGAGCCACUCGCUGCAGGAUCUGGACAAGGCGCUGAUUCAGGCUCGCAACGCUCUGCAAGCUGCAUACGCAGAGGUCCAAAGACUGCUGCUUCUGAAACAACAGUUUACAGCCGAGGUCAACAGCCUAAGAGCGAAGCGUAUUGAGAUUCUGCAGGGAAUGCAAGAAGGAUACUCGCGAGGCAAUCCAGCAGAGAGCGCCUCCACCUUCUCUCCUGGCGCUGCAUCCACCGGAUCCUCGACUCUCUUCUCUCCCUCACUGAGCCAUCCUCCGUCUGCAGCAGCUUUCAUCCCCCCAGCUUAUCCCGCUGGCCUCGCUCUGCCAGGUGUGUCACUGAAGCAAGAGGUGAUUCACGCAGUCGCGGCUGGACAGACGAGUCAGCAGUUCUUACCCACCGCUGAGGGUUCCACCUCAACACCUCCACUGCUUCCUGAAUCGUCGGCCAGGGAUGGUUUGAAGAGUGUAAAGACGAAGAUUUUGGACAAAGAAAUGGAGCCUUCGGAAUUUGUUGAAGGGACUGAAGAAAAUGGAAGGAGAGAACAAGAUCAAGGAAAUGGGCCUUCAGGUGACAAUAAAAAGAAGAAGAAAUCCCCGCAUGUGGACGAUGAAGGCAGCGAGAGCGACAGCUCAGUGGAGGUGGUCAAUCCCUCUAACCAAGAGAUCAUAGAUAUUGAAGAAUUAGAAUAUGAACACUCAACCCAAAUAGAGGCUAAAGAACAGCCGCAGGAUCCUCAGACGUCUGCAACUGGGGAUUUCAGAAUUGCCAGCACACAAACGUCUCAGCAGUGUGAAACAGAGAGUAAACAUAAGCCGGAAGUUCAUCCGAAAGACAAUCCCAAUCCGCCUGAAGCAUCCGUGGAGGAAGACGAGCCAUCUUUAGGAACAUUUUCCAGCCACACCGGCCCCGUCAACGGCCUUCAGAUCCACAACGGUCGCCUGUACACCUGCUCAGGAGACAAUACGGCCCGGGCCUACAGUCUGGUGACCAAAGAAUGUGAAGCAGUGUUCGGGGGUCACACCAACAAGGUCAACUGUCUGCUGGUUUCAUCUCCACCCAACAUGCCGACACGGCUCUACACCGGAUCCAGUGACCAGACCAUCCGCUGCUACAGCCUAAAGAGCAACAAGUGCCUUGAGCAGAUCUCUCUACCAGACAGGGUUCUGUGUUUGCACAUAGCCUGGAAAAUUCUGUAUGUCGGGCUCGCCAACGGAUCCGUCAUCAGCUAUGACCUGAAGACUCUGAAGGAGCUGGACGUGUUGGAGUGUCACGGCCCACGAGGGGUGAGCUGCCUCGGCACCUCUCAGGAGGGCGCCAGGCGGCUCCUGCUGGUCGGGUCAUACGACAGCACCAUUAGCGUUCGUGACGCCAAGAGCGGGCUGCUGCUGCGGACGCUGGAAGGUCACACCAAGACUGUGCUCUGCUUAAAGGUGGUAAAUGAUCUGGUUUUUAGCGGCUCCAGUGACACAUCUGUUCACGCCCACAACAUCCAUACGGGUGAGUUGGUUCGGAUCUACAAGGGUCACAGCCAUGCAGUGACAUCCAUCGUCAUUCUGGGGAAGGUGAUGGUGACGGCCUGUCUGGAUCAACUUGUCCGUGUUUAUGAGCUGCAGUCGCAUGAUCGUCUGCAGGUCUACGGGGGUCACAGUGACAUGGUGAUGUGCAUGGCUGUGCACAAGAGUGUGAUCUACACAGGCUUCUACGAUGGCAGCAUUCAAGCUGUAAAACUCAACCUGAUGAAGAACUACCGCUGCUGGUGGCAGGGUUGCUCCCUGAUCUUUGGCAUUGCAGAGCAUCUCUUUCAGCACCUGGUUAGAGAACACAGCAACCCGAAUUUGCAGACGAUCAAAUGUCGCUGGAAAGAGUGUAACCAAUUUUUCAGCACACAGCAGUCAGUCAGACAGGAGCUGCCUGAACACAUGCAGAUUCACAUCAACUGUGACAGCAAAGUCCAGCCAUGACGGGAAGGGAGUUGCAGCUCUGCAGAAGAUGAUGAAUUCAGUGGGGGGGUUUCUUUCUUGCCAUGAACACAGCACCUGUUAAAAACCCCAGAACAGAUUCAGGGUUUAAAUAAUCACAUCAGGCCUUUUCAUGUGAAAAUCAGCAGCGUCGGACCAAGAGAGAAACCUAGCUUUUCUUUUUUCGUUUUUACAGGAAUUUCCUGUUUUCUGUUUUUUUUUUUUUUUCAUCACCAGGAUGGAAAAUAUUCAUUACCCUUUUUAAACCAAUUACUUGACUCAGUGUUGGUCAUGUCGAUCAAAGCGGGAUAUCUAAUAGAUUGUUAAACACAUAAAGUGGAUCCUUUACCACAUUUCUAUAUUUAACCAACUGGGUGAUGUUUAUACGUGAGCACUUGAGAGGCUUUUUUUUCUAUAAACAAACCUUACUUAAUAACUCAGCGGGCUUAGUCGUGUCUGUAGGUGAAAUAAAUAUCAACCAACUGGUGACAUCAUCAGUCUAAGAAUUGGAUAAAAAAAGCAGACAAUAACCAUGCAGUGUUAUGCAGAACCUUUUUUUCUGUAUAGUUUAUUAAAAUAGUAUCAACAUUCUCCUUUUAGGGAACAGGAUUGCCAUGUAGAUUUCAUCUUAAUCAACAACUGACAUCUUUUUUUAUGUCACUGAGGAAAACAUUCACUUACAUCUAAUCUAAAAGCAGCUGUAAUAAAUAAAGUCAUGUUAAAGUCUGUUUCAUACUCCCAGUAUGUGUUUGUUUGACUACCUACUGUAGGUAUACAGCAAUAAAAAGCAAAACUUGCAUGUUUACAUCAA